ACUGUGGGUCAUGUCCGGUUUAGAAAUUAUUUAGGCUCCAGUCAACUGCAGCACUCCAGCGAAUAAAGUUUGAAGUUGCUUUGCACAUCUCCAUUCUGAAAAUCUGCUCGCGAUGAAAACCAUCCAGUUCGCUAACGUCGAAGACCAGUACCGAAGGUAUGCAGGCGAACUGCGAGCUACUGAUGUGCAGAAGUUAGGCGAGUGGGUGAAAGGCCAGCCGCAUCUACCAUCAGUUACCGAGCUCGAAUUGAUCCUGUUUCUACACUCAAAUUACUACGAUCUGGAGGCGGCACAACGUACGAUCGAGUGCUACUAUACUUUUCGAACGAGCUGUAAGAAUCUGUUCGCCAACAGAAACCUCGAUAAAGAUGCGAUACUGAUGGCGAUGGAUGUACUCGAUUUAGCCAUCCUUCCUGAACUAACGCCCGAAGGAUAUCGAGUGAUGCUGGCCAAGAUCGUUGACCCAGACGCUAGUAAAUUUUCUCUCAGCUCCUUGCUGACGCUUGCGCUCAUGUGUGUUGAUAUCCAACUUUGGGAGGAAGGAUGUAAUAACGGAUCGAUCCUCAUCAUCGACAUGGACGGCAUUCAUCUUGGACACCUGCCGAAGUUGGGCAUAUUUACGCUUAAAGAUUUGCUAUACUUCAUACAGGAAGGCUUACCAAUUCGGCUUAAGGGACUACAUCUUGCCAACGUGGUGCCGUUCAUCGAUCGCAUCAUGACCAUGAUCAGGCCGUUCAUGAAGAAAGAGUUGCUUGAAAUGCUGCAUUUGCACACCAAGAUGCAUACUCUUUUCCCUUACAUCCCUCAACAUCUCCUGCCUUCCGAUUAUGGAGGUAUGGCACAGUCACGCAAAUUAUUACGAGAUAAUUUAUACAACUAUACAAUCAGUUGUGGAGAUCAUCUAGCCAGAUACGAUCAGGACAAGCGGGUAGUCGAGAGCAAACGACUCGCCAAACCGCGCACAAUGGGGAACUUUUUCGGAUUGCUGUGAUCUGCACAGUUAAUUCCAAGCUUGUGGUGCUCAAUUUUUUAUUACCUCCCUAGCUACUUAUUUUGUUUUUUUUCCCCUCAAAGUAUCGAUCAUAAGCAAUAUUAAAUAAUAGAACAUAAAGACAGUAAACAAGCGCACAAUAAAAUAUCUCCUCCGAAA